AUGCAACCUACCCAAGCCGGAGACAACCGAAACCCGGCGAUCGUUCCCGGGUUCCGGGCCAGCGGCACCGAUGAUUCCACAAGACAUGCAUCACAGAAUAUACACUCACUUCUCGAGCGUACCGCGGAGGAGUACAGGGACAAGACCGCCCUGAUCUGCGGCCACACGGCACUCACCUAUGGACAACUCAGCUCGCUCACCAACCACUUUGCCAGAGCCUUCGUACGGCGAGGAAUCGGAAAGGGCGACCUCGUGGGCGUGGCCCUGGACCGCUCCGUCGACCUUGUCGCGGCACUGCUCGCGGUCUGGAAGACAGGGGCCGCCUACGUGCCCAUCGACACAGACUUGCCCAGUCAACGCAUCGAUCAGAUGCUCGACGACGCCAGCCCCAAGCUACUCGUUACCAGUACCAAGAUGCUAGACGCCUUCACUCCAGGAGGGGGUGUGUCCUCUUUGACGAUCGAGGAGGUCACCAGCAACGGCACCAGCAACAGCACCAGCAACGGCACCAGCAACAGCAACUCGGACGCGGCAGUCCACAGUAGCACCGACCUCGCCUACGUCAUGUACACGUCCGGCUCAACCGGCCGGCCCAAGGGCGUCGAGGUGACGCACGGCAGCGUGAUCAACCUGCUGCAGUCGAUGGCGUCCGGAGAACCGGGCUGCGGCCCCGCGGACCGCCUGCUCGCCGUCACGACCGUGUCCUUCGACAUGGCGGUGCCGGAGCUCUUCCUGCCGCUGCUCUGCGGCGCCACCACCGUGCUCGCGCGGCGCCGCGAGGUGCGCGACCCGGCCGCCCUCGUGCGCCUCAUGGACCGCCACGCCGUCACCGUCAUGCAGGGCACCCCGACGCUCUGGCAGAUGCUGCUGGACUCGGGCUGGCCCGGCGGCGGCGGCGUGCAGCCGCCGCCGCGCCUGAGCAAGAUCCUGUGCGGCGGCGAGGGCUUGCCCCGCGCGCUCGCCGACCGCCUGCUGCUGGCGUGCGGCCGCGGCGGCGGUGUGUGGAACUUGUACGGCCCGACCGAGGUGACCGUGUACGCGAGCAUCUGGCGGGUGCAGCCGGGGGGUGAGACGGGGGUGCUCAUCGGGAGCCCCGUCGCCAAUGGGCACCUGUACGUGCUCGACCCGGAGACGCUCGCGCCCGUGCCGUUGGGGAGCGAAGGGGAGCUGUGCGUCGGCGGGGCGGGCGUGGCGCGCGGGUAUCGGGGUAACGCCGAACUCAGUCGCGCCCGGUUCGUGGAGAAUCCGUUUGAUGGAGGGGUCAUGUACCGAACCGGAGAUCUCGCGCGGUUUGUGGCGCCCGGGAAGUUAAGUGUCUUGGGCCGCAUGGACGGCCAGGUCAAGAUCCGCGGCUACCGGAUCGAGGUCGGGGACAUCGAAGCGGCCAUUACGGCACGCGAGGAUAUCUCUGCGGCGGUUGUCGUUUGUCGUGAUGACCAGCUGGUUGCCUAUUGCGUGCCAAAGGCUACUACUGCUUCGGCGGCUAAGACAGAGGCGACGCUUGACCAGGUGCUGCGUCCUUGGCUGGCCGAGCGGCUGCCCGACUACAUGGUGCCGGCGUUUGUCGUCGAGAUCGAGGCUCUCCCGGUCACGAUUAAUGGCAAGAUAGGCCGCAAAGCCCUCCCAGACCCGGUGGCUCCCGUUGAGACUCCCUGUACCGCCGCCGCUGUAAUAGCUGCCACGGAGUUGGAGGGUCAGAUACUGGCAAUCUGGUCCCGAGUUCUCGGCCACAGCCGCAUCCGCGUCCGGGAUAAUUUCUUCCAGAUAGGGGGUGAUUCGGCGCGGGCCAUUCGAGUGCACAAAGAGCUAGAGAAACAGCUUGGCCGCCCGGUUCCUGUCCCCAAACUGUUCGAACACUACACAAUCGAGACGUUGGCGGCAUAUCUCGGGGGCAGCUCGCCGGGCACGCCUAAUAAUAGCCCGAACAACCCUCAAGCCAGCAAGCAAGCUCGUGUGGAUGACUAUGUCGCUGACCAAGACAUUGCGAUUGUGUCCAUGGCUUGUCGGCUGCCGGGUGGUAUCGCAACACCCGAGGACUUCUGGCAGCUGCUCGAGCGCGGUGGUGAUGCGGUCGGCGAUGUACCCGACGAUCGUUGGAGUCGCAGCAACACCAUCGGCGACAUGGACGCGAGCUGUCACCGUGGCGGAUUCCUUCAACCCUCCUCCUUGAUCAACUCCUUUGACAUAUCCUUCUUCGGCAUUUCACCGCGAGAGGCACGCAGGCUGGACCCUGCCCAGUAUCUGAUGCUCGAGACCUGCUGGGAAGGGUUCGAGCGGGCCGGCUACACCAUGGAGCAACUGCGCGGGAGCCAGACCGGCGUGUUCGUCGGCACCAGCAACAUCCUCGCACACCAGGCCCUCAACGCCACCGCCGUCAGGGACCUCGCAGACCUCGACGGAUACACCGUCACCGGCUCGGCGGGCGGCUCCAUGUCCGGCCGCAUCUCGCACCAGCUCGGGCUUCAAGGCCCCACCAUGACCAUCGACACGGCCUGCUCGUCCUCGCUGGUCACGACGCACCUGGCCUGCAGCGCGCUGCGGCAGGGGGAGUGCGACAUGGCCGUGUCCGCGGGGGUGAGCCUGCUGCUGAACCCGGGGCUGCACGUCGAGUUCUCGCGGUUGCGGGGGAUGUCGGCCGACGGCCGGUGCCGGUCCUUCUCGGCCGACGCGCAGGGCACCGGGUGGUCCGAGGGCACCGCGGCCGUCGUGCUCAAGCGGCUCGCGGACGCGCGGCGCGACGGCGACUACGUGCAUGCCGUGAUCCGUGGCACGGCCGUCAACCACGACGGCCGCGGCGCCAGCCUGACGACGCCCAGCGGCCCGGCCCAGAAGCAGCUCAUCCGCAAGGCGCUGACCGCGGCCCAGCUGCGGCCGGAGGAUAUUGACUACGUCGAAGCGCACGGCACCGGCACGAGGCUGGGCGAUCCGAUCGAAGCCACGGCGCUGGCGGAGGUGUUUGGGCCUGGCAGAGUUGGUGACAAGGACAUGGAGCCUCUCUUGAUCGGCUCGGCCAAGUCGAAUAUCGGCCACACGCAAGCCGCGGCCGGUCUCGUGGGUCUGCUCAAGGUGGUGCUAUCCAUGCGGCACGGCAUGCUGCCCGAGACAUUACACGUCGCUAAGCCUACUCCGGCCGUGGACUGGCAGGGCGCCAACAUGACGCCGGUGCUGAACAAACGACCGUGGCGGUCGAGUCGGAGGAAGGGAAGCCGGGUGCGCCGGGCGGGCAUUAGUUCGUUUGGAAUCGGCGGUACGAACGCUCACGUUAUCGUCGAGGAGCCGCCGAGGGUGGCCCGUCUCGUGGGUAACGGGGACACAGCAGUGAGGCCGCUCCCGGUCAUGCUGCCGUUUCUCAUCUCGGGCGACACCAGCGCGGCCCUACGCAUGCAGGCCCAGAAGCUUUGCCAACACCUCUUGGACUCACCGGAUGAUGGCCUCGGUGACGUGGCCUACUCACUCGCAACCACUCGUAACCAUCUCCGCAGGCGGUUGGUAUUGAUGGCCCGGGACAAGGCCGAGUUGGUGCAGAAGCUGGGCUCGGCAUUGCCUGCCAGUCCUGCCAGUAUUACCAGCGAUGUCGCCGAGGCACCCGACAACAGGCUGGCCAUGCUCUUUACUGGCCAAGGUAGCCAGUGGCCAGGCAUGGGAAAGGACCUGAGCGAGGUGCACCCCGUCUUUGGGGAAGCGGUCCGCGAGAUCGCGGCCGAGUUUGACGGCGCCGGGUUGGAACUGCCGCUCCUCGAUGUCAUGUGGGCGAACCCCGAAAGCACAGAAGCCGCGUUGCUCGACCGCACCGACUUUGCCCAGCCCGCGCUCUUUACUUUGGAGGUGGCGUUAUGGCGGCUGUGGCAGAGCUGGGGGGUAAACCCGGACUUCGUCCUCGGCCACAGCCUGGGCGAGCUUGUGGCUGUUCACGUAGCGGGCAUCCUCGACCUGCCCGACGCGUGUCGGCUGGUGGCGGCGCGCGGUCGCUUGAUGCAAGCCCAGUCCGGCGACUACGGCAUGGUAUCGCUCGGAGCAAGCGCCGCUGAGGUCGCCAAAGCAGUCAAGGCGCUAGGCCGUACUCCAGAGGUCGAUAUUGCUGCAUACAACACGCCCAUGAAGACGGUCAUAUCCGGUACUACGGAUGGCUUGGAAAGCAUUGCGGGCCAUUUCGCUUCCCGGGGCUACAAGACUAAGCUGCUGAUGGUCGGACAUGCGUUCCACUCGCGGUACAUCGACCCCAUGCUGGCCGACUUUCUGGCCGUAGCCGAGACGGUGAAGUUCCACGCGCCCAAGAUACGGGUUAUCCACAGCCUGGACGGCAGGCUGGCAAAGCCGGGCCAGCUCGAACAGGCGCAAUACUGGUUGAGGCAGGCUCGGGAGCCGGUUCGUUUUGCUGACGGGAUCCAGACGCUGGCCCGUCAGGGGGUCAACGUCUUCCUGGAGAUAGGGCCGCAUCCGGUGCUCUGUGGCAUGGGUGCAGAGUGUCUCGCAGACCAUCAUAGCGACAACAACAAUAAUAACAUCCCUGUUUCCUGGUUGCCGUCUCUCCUACGCCGCAAGGACGGCACCGCGGCUCUCCAACGGAGUCUCUCCCACUUACAUAUGCGUCACUUGUCCCUCGACUGGCAAGCCUACUUCAAGCCGUUUCGGUGUCGACGUGUACAACUGCCCACCUAUGCCUUCCAGCGCACUUACGAGCAGCCACAUGCGGGAAGGGCUCCCGGCUUGAAUGGUACCAGCACUGGUCUGAGCCAUACCGCCCACCGUGUCCCCAACGGCCACGGUAAUGAUCGUUUCCAGUUCGGCAUCGCGUGGCAGCCAACCCAGACGGACGGCACUCAUCAACAACCCAGCGGGACCUGGGCCCUGUUGGUUGCAGCCGGAAACUCGACGUGGACAACGAGUGCCAAAACCGCCCUGUCAGGAGCCGGAUUCCGACUGGUCCAUAUCGAUGACCUCGGGCAGGCUGCGAAGCUGGACGGCGUAGUCUGCCUUUGGGACACGGAUACCGGCGUGAUAUCGCAGACGCGAGAUCUGAUCGCUAAGGCGCUGGCACAGCUGCAGACGGCAGCUCAGACUCGGUUUACGCCUCCGCUUAUAUGGGUCACUCGCCACGCUGUCGGUGUCGGCAUCGAGUGUGAUGAUCGGGCCAUGAGACCAGGGGCAGGGUCGUUGCUCUGGGGUUUGAUGAGAACCGCCAGGAGCGAGCAUCCCGAACUGAGCUUGCGGCUGGUCGACCUGGGGCAGGAAACCACCGACGCCUCUUUCUCGUCGGCGUUGCUGUUGAACACUGAACCGGAAUGCGCCGUGCGCCGGAGUCUGGUGCUUGUUCCACGGAUGCAGCGCGUCGAUGCGGUAACAGCGCCAUUGCCGGGCGUCAAGGACCGAUUGAUACGACCGGACGGAGCUGUGUUAAUAACAGGGGGCCUCGGUAGCCUUGGAGCGUGCGUGGCCCGGUGGUUGGCGAGCGAACACGGCAUCCGCGACUUGGUACUUACCUCACGUCAGGGAGUGGAAGCCCCAGGUGCGGAUGCGCUGGUAGCCGAACUUUCAGAGCUGGGCGUCAGAGUCACCGUCAUGGCCGGCGACAUUGCCGAUCCGGCCAGUAUCGAUUCCAUUGUGGCAACCUUUAACAAAGACCGGCCGCUGCGAGGCGUCGUGCACGCCGCCGGGGUGGUCGACUCGGGCAUCCUCUUCACCAUGACACAGGCGCGGUGCGAGACGACCAUCGCCCCCAAGGCGUACGGGGCAUGGCUCCUGCACCAAGCCACUCGCGGGAUGGACCUAGACCUCUUUGUCAUGUUCUCCUCCCUCUCCGGCGUCAUGGGCAUGCCGGGCCUUGCCAACUACGCCGCGGCCAACACCUACCUCGACGCGCUCGCGCACCUGCGCCGCGCCCAGGGCUUGCCAGCCACUUCGGUAGCGUAUGGCACCUGGGCAGGCGACGGUAUGGCGUCCCGGCUCGGCCCGGCCACCAACGCCCACCUCGUGAGCUUCGGCCUGGACCCACUGGCACCCAGCGACGGGUUGGAUCUGCUCGCACAGGCUGCUGUCAGCAAGCGCGCCCUAACCGUGGCCGCUGUGCUCGACACGGCACGGCUCGGGGCCUUCUACGAGGAACAGCGCGGCGGCAUAGUACCGCCAUUGCUGCGCUCGCUCUUACAACGGGACGGGGUCACCAUGACGAAGACUCCCAGCGGCCCCUCCCAGCAGAAGAAGCAUCUGCGCGAUGUGUUGCGCGAGACGGAACCCCCACGGCGCCCCGGCAUCUUGCUGGACAUGGUCCGGCAAGUCGUCGCCAAGGCGUUGGGGUUCAGCCACCCGCUCGAUGCGGAGGUCGACCGUCCGCUGAAGGAUGUCGGCAUCGACUCGUUGACCGCGGUGCAGAUCCGGAACCAUCUGGCGACGUUGACUGGCCUGGCGCUCCCAGCCAACAUCGCUCUUCUCCAUCCAAACUUGAGGGUGCUCAGCCGGUCCUUGCUCGCUCAGCUGCAGGAUAUGGAUGCGUCGACGGCUGCAGUUGCGUCUGCUGGGGGGUUGCUAAACAUGGCGGCGGUCCGCACAGGGUGUCUCGAUGCUAGUUUCACGUUCGAGCGUUCGGAUCAUGUCGAUACUAGACGUCCAGAGUCUGUAUUCCUCACCGGCGCCACCGGCUUCGUCGGUGCCUCCAUCCUGCACGAGCUGCUCAAGCAAGGCAUCACCACUCACUGCCUCGUGCGCGCGGACGACACAGACGGGGCCCGGCAACGGGUUGUCAGCACGCUGCAGGAGUACAGUCUCUGGGAGGACCGCUUCGCGUCCUUGGUCCGACCGAUCGUCGGCGACAUGGCCCAACCCCUAUUCGGCCUGUCCGACGCGGCCUUCUCCGAGCUGGGGGACCGGGUGGACUCGAUCUGCCACGCCGGCGGGCUCGUCGACUGGAUGCGGCCCCUGGACGAGUACGUCGGCCCCAACAUCGUCAGCGCGCACGAGGUCCUCCGCCUGGCCGCCGCACGCGGCGGUCGGCGACGACGCGUCAAGGCUGUCCACCUCGUGUCCACCGUCUCCACGCUGCCCAAGCACAUGGGCCUGGACGUUGGCGAGGACGAUGUCGAGUACGGCUACGCGACGUCCAAGUACGCCGCCGAGCGGCUGGUGGCGGCGGCGCGGUGGCGCGGUGCCCGGGCGUCGGUGUACCGCCUGCCGUACGUCACGGCGUCGGCCGCGACCGGCCACUUCCGGCACCACCGCGGCGACUUCCUGCACAACCUGGUGGUCGGGGGCCUCGAGAUGGGCGCGUUCCCGGCGUUGGAUGCCGACCUGUCGGCCGUGCUGCCCGUCGACUACCUGGCCAAGACCAUCGUCGCCGUCAUGACGGGCGAUCUCGAUCGGCUCGGCCGCGACUGGGAUUUCUUGAACCCGCGGGCGCCGACCUCGACCGACCUUUUUAAGCUGAUCGGGGCCGUGAGCGGUGGGGAGCCCAAGGAAAUCAUAGAUUUCGCUAUCUGGAAGCAACGGGCGUUGGACUAUGCCGCUGAGCAUCCGACAAGCCCGCUAGCCCGCAUUACGGCCGUCUUGGAUGGCUUUACGGCUGAGACGGCGGGCGGGAUAAUGAAGAGUGCAUUCAUGGUUGGAGAGCACGUGUUAGGGGGAGACGCGUACCCUGUGCCGUUGAUUGACGAGCAGUUUGUGAGGGGGUAUUGCGAUCGUAUCAGUCAGGCGAGCACCUGA